UUGCAAAAGUUUGUGGUCGAGCUAAAUAAUUCAUUUUUCUACGCUUCUAUAUAUAAGCUCUAUGAGAAAAAAUAAUUAGAAUCCCAAUGGAAAGCAUGGCUACAUUCAAGAUUUGGCUGAUGUCUCUCAUGAUCACAGGAGCGAUUCUAGCAGGAGUUGUCCCUGGAGUUACUAUAACAAAGACAGUGAAUGCUUGUCCUCUCUAUUGCUUGCAAGUAGAGUACAUGACAUGUGCUUCCUCUGGGGACGAGAAGCUGCCUCCGAGAUGCAACUGCUGUCUUGCUCCCAAAAACUGUACUCUCCAUCUCUCUGGUUCAACUUCUAUCCAUUGUACCAAAUGAUUUUAGAAACAAGUGUGAAGGCCUGAUGGAAAUCCCAUCCACUCAUCCCAGUGUUCUGUUUCAUAUGUUCUGUAAUCUCCUCUUCUUCUUCUUGCUUUUUUCUCUAUCUUUUGCAUCAAAUACUGAUAUGUAAUUUUAGUCAAAAAAAAAAAUACUGAUAUGUAAUGGAUAUAAAAAGCGCUUGUGAGUAUCUAUUGUAAGUUUUGGUUGUUA